AUGCGACCCGAGGUUCUGGACCUGAAACAUAGUGCAACUUCGAGGUAUUUCCGGCAGGAUGCCAAGAAGUAUGCAGACAACGUUUUUGGUCGCCUUGCUAGCCAUAGAUAUUUUGAAGGGACUACUAUGGUAGUGAUCCUCCUCAAUGCGUUGUGCAUUGGUAUAGAAGCAGAUUACUCUGCACGGUUUUACAAGCCCACCAAACUUUACGAGGGCCCUGCUUUUUUCAUCGUCACAGAGGUUUUCUUUGCUGUGUUCUUCACAACUGAGCUCGUAAUCCGCUUCUUCGCCUUUAAGCAGAAAAGAAAAUGCUUCGUCGAUGCCUGGUUCAUUUUUGAUUUACUCUUGGUGGUGAUGAUGGACGUUGAAACUUUUGUUCUGCCUCUGAUUGAAAGUACAGGUAGUCCACUUGCGAUGCUGAGCACCUUGCGCUUGUUGAGAUUGCUAAGAGUCAGUCGCAUGGCAAAGCUGAUGAAGACGUUUCCUGAACUGAUGCUCAUUGUCAAGGGCCUUGCAGCAGCUGUGCGAGCUGUCAGCUGGACUCUGGUCGUGCUUGUAAUGAUCCUUUUCGUCUGGUCUAUUGUCUUCACCAGCAUCUACCAUCAGGGAUUUGCAACAGAUGAGGAAGUCGCAGAAAGGAUUGAAAGUCUAUUUGGCAACUUGAGCAAGAGUGCGUUUUCCUUGAUUAUCAUGGGAACUUUAUUGGAUGAAGUGACCUACUGCUGCAACAUGAUCCGUCAAAGCGGAGAGCUCGUCAUGCUCGGUGUCUUUAUUGUCUUCAUUGUCAUUUCCUCCUUCAUGAUGCUCAACAUGCUUCUGGGUAUCCUUGUAGAGGUUGUGGCCAAUACUGCAGAAGGUGAAAAGAACAAGGAGAAGAAUACCAUUGUUCGACAGGCAAUGGCUGCUGUGCUCAAUGAUUUGGGUGUGGAAGGGACUGGUAUAUCGCAACAGAAGUUCCUGUCCAUGAGCAACAAUCCGAAAUUGCUGAAAGACUUGCAGGAGCUUGGUAUCAAACCAAAGCACUUUCAGCUCAUCUCCAAGAUUCUCUUUGACAACAAGGACGCAAGAAGUAAGGACAAGAAGCCCACACUGCUCACCGGCGAGGUCACCCUCGAACGCCUCGAAAGAGAGCCCGUGACCUGGAAGCUUCCACAUACUGCAUGUUUAGAGACGCAACGGCGGCAAUUCGGUCCGGCGCGUGUGCCCAACGGCAUGGCAAGUUUCGAGAACGGCACGUUGAAAGGAUCCGGUGCUGCAUGUUAUCACAAGGGCAAAGCACGUUCCGAGGUGUUCGGUCUGUUGGAGGGUUGGUCUGCCCCAGGCAAUCCCGCGUGGCAUGUUGACCGAACGGUAGCACAGGCGACGUGGGCCGAGCCGGUGGCCAGGAUCUACCCACCUAUAGCAAUCCCAUCGGCGGGCGACGUGGUCGAGCCGGUGGCAAGAGCAGUACGACGGCAAAUGGACAACAGGGCUACAGCAGUGCAAAGCAGCGUGGCCGGCCGAAAGCGCGGCAACGGCCAGCCGUCAACCCGGCCUGUUUUGUGGGGCAGGAAGAAGGCAUGGACUCGGUUGUGGCAUUGGAACCGGAAGCUCCGCAAUCGACUCGCCCAUGCGCUGCAUGGUAACGGACCUGGGCCAACCGAUGCAAGUAGCAACAGUGUAGCUGCAUCCGGCAGCAACAAUGCAACGGAACAGCCUGAAGCAAGCUAUACUGUAGAAGCACGUGCCCAAAGGUUGCGAAGAGUGCCGGUGGACAUCCCCGGCGAUGGGUGGUGUCUCCUUCAUGCCGUGAGCUGGUACUUGGAACGGCACAAAAGCCACGAGCCAGAGUGGAGCGUGCGGAAAGCGGCGGACACAUACGUGCAGGCAUUGGAAUUUCUAGUCCAGCAAUUCGACGGCCCCAGUGCCGCGGACAUUAACAUUGCUUGCAUGCCCGACCAGCCCGCCGAGCUGGAACUGCAUCGCCGAUUCUUGGAACGCCGGGGCAUCCUCUUGCCGGAUGAGCUUCCGCAAGGGUUGCUCGUGCUUUGGAGCAAGCUGACGGCAGUGUUGGAAAUGCCGAACAUGCUGGAUAGCAUCCAUCAUGGCACCAGCGUGGAGGUGUGGGCACUGACAAAGGCAUUUGGCUUUGAAGUGCUUGUCUGGAGUACAGACGUGGAUGCCAACUACUGGAUUGCAACGAUGGAGCGAGUCACUGACGCGGAAGCGCUGCGGCUGGCUGAGCUGCACCCGCAUGCCUUGCACCUGGUGCACCAACCCAUGGGCCACACCGGACACUAUAGCUUGCUGUGGGAAGAUAGGCCACUCGCUUCGGUGUGGCAACCAACACCAUGGUUGCAGAUAUGGCACAGGGAGGGGGCACGAGCCUUGCAACAGCAUUUGGGUAUGAUCCGCGUGCAACCUUCGCGGAUCGAGCCGGCAGAGCAACCCAACCAGCCGAAUGCGUCGCCUGCCCCCGCAGAAGCGGCGGCCGAGCCGAGCAAUCCGACGGCAUCCGACCAUUUGCAAGACCCGUGGCCCGCACCGGCCACGCCACCUUGCAGCAGCGGGUCCGACGUGGGCUUUUCUGACACGGAAAGUGUCGUGUCGUGGAAUUCACACCAAUCAAGUGAAGGCUCUAGUGCCGCACCCAGCCUUGCGCUGGAACCAGAGCGUGCAUGGUGCACGCUGGAAGAUCAACACUUGGAACAAAUUCAGACCAUCAGCCGACAGUUUCGUACCAAACCGUUGCUGCCACCAUCCGUGCCACACGUUCCGGAAGAGUUAGCCGACAGCAUGUCCGGCGUCCCGUAUCCAGCCUGCCACUGUGCCUUUGAAGGUUGUACGUGGUGCAGCGACGCACAGCCGUGCGUGGACGCAUUGCUCUUGAAAGAUCGAUGGAUUGUGCAGGGGGUCACUUGGCACUGCAGCAGCGGCGCCUGCUGCAACAACACCGCUGCCUGUCUGUGGGCACACUUGCACAGCCAGCAUGCACUCGCCUUUCAGCACUGCCCCGGAGAUCUUGUGAGUUCUUACAUCGCAGCCUUGAAAGGUGUCGAAGAGCAAUCGGUCCCGGCCGUUGGUUGGAGUGUGGAUCGUCGCACUUUGCGACGCUUGCAUGCUGAAAGACAAGAAGAGCAAGCCGUUGCCCUCAUCUGUGCUUGCUGUGCUGCCGUCCUGCCCAGCGGACCUCGAAGCGAGAUUGGAUACUUGAGUGUGCAAGACAUCUUCGAGGCCUUGACGCCGGAAAGCUUCCAACAGAAUUGGGAUUUGAUGCAAUAUCGCACUUCCUAUGGCUCCCAUGCAGCCGUCCGAAGGCAACUCCACGGAGCUGAAUGGCAGCGGACCUUGCCGCAGACAUUGUUUCAAGGGCAGUCCAUCCUGUGCUGCCCGGAAGAUCUCCGGUGCAGCGCAUGCCCUGCCGCUGGCAUGCAGCUGUGCCGCCAGUGCGAGCUGCCAUUGUGCCGAUCAUGUUGGAGCCGAAUGCGGCAAGGCGCAUUUAGUGGCAUUCCUUCGGCCCUCAGCAACGACAACUUCUAUGGCUAUCCGGCCGAGCUCCUCUACCAACAUCGGGUGCGAUGGAUAGAGACAGCGGCUGCUUCGCCACUGCGGACUUCCAUGGUGAGCUUUUACCUCGAAGCAGACCGCGGGCACGUCUUAGAGGAGCCUGUGCAUCGAGCCGAGCACCGCCUAGCCAUCCGCGGCAACAUCAGUGCCGUGAGCCUGCCAUGGGAAGAGAUCUACGGCCACUUUGCACAGAUGACACCCCACGAUCGCAUUGCAACCUUGCCGCAUGCGCUCCCUGCCUUGCGCGCAAUGGUGAAAGUCACGGUGAAAGGCAUGCGGCAUGCUGAGCUCGUGGAGUGGGUGGCCGGUGCCCAUCUUAGGCCUCAUGUGGUUGUUGCCCUCUUAGAUCACUUAGUAGACAUACACCAUCCCAUGUUCGCAGCCUAUGACGGCACGCCAGCCGAACUAAAGCAGCUGUUCCGAUCCAAAGUGCAGCGGGAGUACGGCACAGAAGAAAUUUGUCCAGUGACCGUCGAAGAGCAAGCCGACCUAGCUGGUGCAGCACCCACUCCACCUCAGACAAAGAAUGCAACCCCAGAACCCGCAAACCUCCCACAGUUUGGCGGGGAAGCCUUCUUGGGCAGCAGCCGACCACAAGUUCUCAGCCCGGAUUAUACCAGCAGCCAGGCAGGUGACACGACAACCCAAGAAGUGACGCGCCUCGCUCAAGUCACCCCGAAGGUCACCAUCCAGACGGGCACAGAAUUCUGGGACCAAUGGCAAACCGAAUACCUUGCCUGGGCUUUCCCCUUCAGUGUCCCAUCCCCCGUCGGUGGGCCGGACUUUCCGAAUAAGGAUCGUCCGCGACGCAAGGCCGACGCAGCGGUGCUAGGGCCAGUCCCACACCUGCGCUCCUUAGCCCGGCGCGUCGAGUCUUCGCUGCGAAACUCUUGGGAUUUAAUUUCAGGCCUACGUCGGCUGACGUUCAAAUGGCAUUCGGUCUGCCAAACGCCGCUGUACCGGGCCUGGGCAUCCAAAACCAACGCCCUCCAAGCUACACCGGCACACGAAUGGGUUGAGGCGGCCAAAGCCUUGUAUCACAAACUGCAAAAAGGCAAGUAUUUGACAGCCGGCAAGACGUUGAAGCCAAUCAACUACGAUGCCCGCAAGCUGUGGUUUGCCGAAGGCCUCACCGCGCCCGAAGCCCAGCUGCUGCGCGACAUCCGGCACACGCAAAUGACCUUGCCUGGGACAGUGGAAGUUCGGCGACGGAUUGGCCGUUUUCUCUUUGGAGCACGGGUCGAACUCGGUGAACCCAUCUUCAUGACCCUAUCUCCCACGACGCGGCACAAUGCCUUGUGCUUGCGACUCUCGCGGUACCGACAGCACGACCCGGGUGCGGGACCGCUUUCUGGCAAGCAGGUGCCACGCGUCUGGGAAGAAGCCGAGGUGAUUGUGCCAGUCCCUGAGUACGAGACGCGCCGGCAAACGUCCGUUCGAGAUCCCUGGGCCGUCGACAUAGCCUUCCAGUGCAUGGUUCGUUUUGUGUUUGCGGAGCUUCUCGGUAUCCGCAUGUGCUUCCGCUGCCCCAAUUGCAGCUGUCGCGAUGCCCUCGGACAGUCGACACAUCCCAUGGGAGGCAUUCUUGGCCUGGUGCUUGGAUUCUGCGGAGCCAUAGAGUAUCAAAAAAACAGCAACCCCCAUUUUCAUGCUAAUGUGUACGUCGCCACGGUGUGGCAACAGCCCCUGAAAAAAGUAGCCCAAAAAAUACAAGCUAAGGCCAUUACCCUGGAGGAACUGUUUCGGUACCAAGCCUGGCUGCACAAUGAAAGCCACUUCAACCUCGAACAGCAUGAAGCCCUCUUUCCAGCGUUGGAAAAAAAGUGGAUGCAAAACUUCCCUGGGACGGAGCAUGACAGGUUAUGCCUUUGGCCAGCUUUUGUUGCCGCAGACACCACGCCUUCGCCGUGGCUGCCACGGGUUGCCGACGGCGGGCCACUCCGCGUAGAGCGUUGCUCAUCGCCGGCCCAUGCUGCCGAAUCGCAGAACGCAGCUGCCCCGACUGCCGCAGCGAACCCACAGGCCUUGCAGACGGACGCCAUUCGAUACCGGCAACUCUACCAGACAGCAGUGCAAGUGAAGCUCUCACACCAGCAACACCAUAUGCACACGUGGGAUGCCAAGCACAAGUGCCACGUGCCGCUGCCUGCUUGCCAAAAGAAGGACGCGCCGAACAAAUGCAAGCAUGGCUUUCCAAAAACCAUCUGCGACGUGGCGCGCGUCGUGUGCCGGGGGAAUGCUCGCAAAUUUCGUCAGAGUACGGCUGGAAGACGAAAUGCACUUGGCUGCGUCCUCAAUCCACGUGACAACCAAUGGCUGUCAGGCACUAUGCAUGCAUUUACCCUGAUGUUCAUGGGCAACAGCCAUACCGGCAUCAAAUUCCGCAUCCCGCUAUUGCCGGAAACGCAUGACCCGGCAUGCGAGCGCAACUGCUUGGAAACUACCACCUUGCAGCGCCUCCAACGGCUGAUGCAGCAUGCCGCGAAAAAAGCGACGCAAUACUUCACAGGAUAUUUGCAAAAACCCCAGCCAUUGGGUCGGAAAGAGCUACAACAAGCCGCCAAGCACCUGUCAUAUCUCGACAUUACCCCCGCGAAGGGCGUGGAAGCCCAGCACUACCGGAAAGUGUUGCAUCGAGUCUGCGGUGACUUGGAAUUUUGCUGUUCCGUCCGCCCCCUGACGGAAGAAGUCAUGUUGGCCAGUUUCUGGGACGGCGACGAACCCACGUCUGCCAAGUGCAUUCGCUCCUUUGCCGUCGUUCCCUUUGUCGGCAGUGACUGGUUAGCUCAGUACGAUAAGGCAACCGAAGUGCGGCAUCGCGUCAAGCCGACCCAUCACCGACAGGCCCACUUCAAAAGCAGCGAUCUCUAUGGCUGGCGGGGUCAAGAUCCGCGGGUGCGAUAUUUGAGCCCUUGGGAAUUCACCGCCCUGUGGGAAGUGAAACGGCUGCAGCCACCCUUGCAACACGAAACUGACUUAAGUGAAUGGUGCCCUGGAUGCGGCGCAGGUCCGGAACCGGCAGACGGAUGGCAAUUUGGGCGCGAUUACAGGUGGAAGCAACACAUCCUUGCCGAUAACUCCAAACACAUCGUCCCCUUGCCGAGCCGUGCCAGCACCGCCGCAGGAGCGGACCACUACUUUGUCCGCCGGGCCGCGCCCUUAGUGCCGUACCCAACAGCGUGCCCACUGCCCAAAGCCGACAUGAGCAAAGACCAGCAAGCCCGCCUGCUGAACAUCUAUCUCCGCCCCUGGACACUGGCCGGUGACGACGCCACGUUGCAUGUGCCACAUAUUCAGGCCUUGGACAUGCCCAUCACUGAUCGCCGAAAGAAACCAUCCCAUCGCUGCUUCGGAAAAACUUCAGUGGGGUGUCGCAGUCACCACAGUGCAUGGAAAGAUUACAUUCGUCACCACAUCGUGUCGGCCAAUGCCGCCCGCACCAUUUCCAAUUUCUUGGCGGCCGCAGAGUGUUCGCCGGACGACGUCGAGGAAGCACACGUCGAGGCAGGCACAAAGCCGGACAGGGAAGUCGACACAAGGCCGCGGCAGUUCUCGACCGGCCUGCCAGACCCCGGCCCAGCACCAGCAACCGGGGCAGCUGGCGCAGAUCCCUUCGCCCAACAAGCGCAACCGCCACGCCCGGUGGCCACGAACUACGGAACCUUCAGGUUGGACGCGGCCCGGACGUGGUUGCAAGCUUUGAACCCGCCCGGGAUGACGCCAGCCCCCAACCCACAACAAAAGCAAGUUCUGACAGCCGUUGUGGAAAGGUGCCACGCCGAAGCUGUCGAGGAAAGGGCUGACAAGCAGAAUCGAUCAGAACCAUUUCGAGCAAUCUUGCAUGGGGUGCCGGGCGCAGGGAAAUCCCAAACCUUGCACUGGCUUCGCACGUUUUUCGAAACGGUGUGUGAUUGGCAGCACUUGCACGAGUUUGCCUUCGUAGCCCCGCAGAACACGCAAGCGGCCCUGAUAGAUGGAAUCACCAUUCACUCCUUCGCGGAUAUCAGAGUGCAAGGCCAGAAGCAGAAAAAGGAGACGGCUUUUGGACCAGAUCACUUCGUCAAGUACCAACAUCUACGCUGGCUUAUCAUCGACGAAUGCAGCACCUCAGCCUUGGAAGUACUGGCCGUGCUAGAAAAACGCUUGCAAGAAGCGGUCCGUGCCAGGCAUUCGUGGAAAUGCCGCACCACCGGCACGCCCCGGCCCUUUGCCGGCAUCAACAUUCUGCUGGCCGGCGACUGCUGGCAAUUCCCUGCCGUGAAAGCCACGUCCAUCUUCCAUAACCCCUUCAAGCACGGACAAAGUGUUCAAGUAGUGAACCUGCAGAAAGUCCUCUGGACGCAUGACAGAGCAAAUAUUCAACACCUGUUCGAACUCACCCAAGAGCAUCGUUGUGUCGAUCCGUGGUUAAGUGCAAUUCUCCAUGCCGCCCGACAUGGAGCUGUAACUCAAGAACACUGGGCGUUUCUGCACGGCUUCCCGACCUUGCAUGCCGGCUCGUGGAACCCCCACACAAACAAGUGCUCUUGCAAAAAGCCGGCCUGCGAUGCCUUGGCCAAGCAGUGGACCAAGGAAGUGUUGGAUCCGAAAAAUACACGAACCUGGCAGGAUCGGCGCCAAGCAGAAUGCGACGUCUGCGCGGCCGAACGCCGGCGGCGCUGCAUCGUUGCCGGAGCAUCCGACUUUGGGCCCAAUCCAAAAGACAGGAAAUUUUUGCAGGCACCGUUUGUGCAUGGACUGAAUGCUGCCAAGUACGUCGCCGCACUGCUGCGGGCCCGGUGGGUGGCGGCCGAGCAACAGCAUCUCUUGCUCUGGGUCGUGGCGCAGGACACGCCGCUCUUCCACACAGACCCUGACACGGAGGCCCAAGAGCUGCAGCACCGAAAAGAACAAUGGCUUCAGCGACAUGACCAGGCGACAGCAGGGAUAAUGGGCCUCUUGCCACUCUUGCCAGGCAUGCCCGUGCGCAUCACCCAGACCUUGCCCGAACUGAAGCCCUGGGGCUUGUUCAAGAACACCCGCGGAUCCCUGCACGGGUGGUCUCCCACCGGGGGUCGCUUGCAUUCGCCCGGUCGUGCAACAUUGGAAACUCGAAGCCCACGGCACCGCCACGGUCGCCAGACGAGGUUUUCCGCUGGCCUGCAUAACACGGCGCAUUCGUUUAUGGGGGCCACAUUAGCUGCCUGCAGUUUGGACUUAGGAUUUUGGGACACGGCGGCGAACCGGGACUCCCAGCUCAGUGCCUACAUGUGCCUGUCCCGAGUUAAAAAAGCAGAAGACCUCUGCAUAGCCCGUCCCUUUUCCCCUAAUCUUCUAAGCCAAGGUGAACUAAUAGGCCCCGAUACGUUCCUCGCAGUGCAUCGGCAAGCCCUGACCCUGGCGGAUGCCAAAAGCAAGUUUGAGCAGGAGCAGGUGCAACGGAAGCGCAAUCCGGAGACCCUUUUCUUUUGUCGCGGAUGCACCCCGAAAGCCAAAGGCGAGCACGGCCUCCUGCCGUUGCGUGACUUCACCAGUAACAAUUUGUGGCAGCCGGAUGCUUGGUUGGAGAUCGUGUGUCUUGGCAUGGAACGCUUGUGCAGUCAGUGUCGCCACCCACAGGUGUCCGGGAACCCCACCGGCGCCGAAGCCGACGCCCCCAGCAAGUGCGCGUUCUGCAACAAAACCCAACUGCCGAAACUCGGCUUUUGCAAGCAAUGCCUGUCCGAAGCAAGAUUGGCUUGCGCCCACUGUGAUGUAGGUCGAAAACUCAAACCCAAGACCUUGGCGGACUUCAGCCCCGCGGAAAUUCAACGCCGCAGAGCCACGAAGGAGUUACGAAAAGCCCGCUGCAAAAAGUGUGAACUGCACCAACCCAACAAAGGCAAAGCGAAGGCCGGGCAGUGCCGCACGUGUCGGAACGUUGUCAGCGUGUCCCACUUGCACCAGUAUGACUCCAAGGCCAACGACGGCAUUUGUCGCAAGUGUUGGCGGAAAGCCACCAACUUGGAGGCAGCGACCGCCAAGGUCUGCCCACAGUGCAGCACACCUUUGAAACCAGCGGCGACACCAGGCUCGUGGUGCCAGAGCUGCGCCUAUCCACCGUGUGCAGUUUGCCAAAAAGUAGAUCGGCCACACAAAGGCCCGUACCACGCCAAGCACAAACCAAUUUGGGUGUGCCCAGCACAGUGCCACAAACGCUUGAAAGCAGGUUCGCAGCCAGGCACGUGGUGUCAAAGCUGUGCCUAUCCACCGUGUGCAGGUUGCCAACAAGUAGCUAGGCCCGGCGGAAACCACGCGUACCAUGCCAAGCAUCGCCCCUUUUGGCGAUGCGACAAGUGCGCCCAAGCAAGCUGUCCGAUGUGCCAAGCCAAUCCCUUGGGUCAAGACGCUGGCGGCGGACCAGACGCCGCGUGUCCUCAGUGUGCAGAACAUGGUCCCAAGUGCGCAGUAUGCAAACAGCCAAUGGUCGGCCGCCCGCAUUCACACGGCUGGUGCCACGGGUGUGCCUUUCCGCCAUGUGCAGCCGGCUGUGGUCGACCGCGCCCGCGCCCAAGCGGGAUCGGUGCGCAGUAUGCCGAAUACCAUGCCAAACACAUGCCGCAGUGGACCUGCCAGCCGUGCCAGCUAUCACAGAACGAACCGGCCAAACGCCGUAGGCUCCAACCAGCUCAGCCAGCAGACGCCUUGCCACCGCUGCCGCCACCGGCGGAACCGCCUGAUGACAGUGCCAGUCCGGCGGCUCCCUUUGGCCAACCCAAGCGAAGAAAAGCGGAAAGCAAGGCCACCAGCACGGCGCCGUGUGCCACGCCAGCGCAGACCACACCCGCGCUUCGGCCAGCUGACGCGGGCGCCGUGCCGCAGCCACCCGAUGACAGCUCAGUUUCCCGGCCUGCAGUUUUGUUGUGUCAACCACGGAAAAGGAAACGAGGCGUCGCCAGCGCCAACCUGGAGAGCUCCUUGCCGGCACCUGUCCCAGAGACCGUGCUGCCCGCAGCGAUGAACCAUUGGUUCACCCACCGGACACGCCACGAAGCCAGUGCUGCCGAUACCAUGCAUUUGGACCGCCACGGAGGAGUCAAGGCGUUGCCCAGGGCAGUGCUAGAGCGUUGCUCACGCCGCGGUUUGGUUGUGUCGCACGUUCAGAUCUCGAACAGUGUCACGCCACAGCCGGUGGAGGACAACGUGUUCGGACCCAACCUCAACCAGGCGCUGGCGCAAGACGACCUCGUGGGACGCUGGAUGCAGGACCGUCAAUGUUUCCUGGCACCGCACCGGACACCCGCCUGCAGGAUUUCCUGGCGUGCAAACCCUGCAGAGGCCGAGGCCAACGGCUGGGUAGAAACAGCGCCGAAGACGGCCGAUGCCAGACGCAAGUGCAACCAACUAUUUUCGUUGGACGGCGAGAAAGGCGACAGGCUAUGUUGGCCCGGCUUUGCGGUGAGGGGUCGGCGGGUCGGCGUUCGCGAUUGGUGGGUCGGGGUUGGUGGCUCGGCGUUCGUGAUCGGUGGGUCGGUGGCUCAGGCGGCGGGUUUGGGGUUUGGGGUUUGGGUCAUCGGUUUGUGCUCGUGGGUCUGGGGGUUGGUGCGUUGGGAUUGA